AUGGAACGAAAUCUAAUUUAUUCGGUGACAAUUCUUUCUUACUGUUUCUUAUCUUCCAAUCCAAAAACUUCAGACGACGAGAAUUGUCGAGCUGUCUCUGGAACCUGCGGUCAUUCGGUUUGUGAAGUCUGCGUGGAUUCUGAUCCAAAAAUGAAAUGUCCAAUUUGUUUCCGAAAAGAGGCAUUUAUUGGAAGGAAUAUCAACUAUGGAGCACUGGGAUUUCGGAAAGAAUAUGAGAAAAAUGUGUUCGAUGUGAUCAGGAAGUGGUACGAAAUUCUAACCAGUAUGAAGGCAACACUGGAAAAUUCUAUAGCCUACGGAUCAUCGGAUUAUGGGAAAGAGAUUCAAUCUCUUGGUUAUUGCGCAAAAUGUUCCGAUUGUACCAAUUUGAAAGUCUGUCUAACUUGCAAGUUCUCUCGACCAUACAUUGGGAUGUAUUUUGCUGAUUAUGCAGUCUGUGAUGAUUGUGCUUCGAAGGAGUACGGUAAUAAAGACAUGGAUAAUAUCUUGGAUUAUGAGGGUGUGAAGAACCCAAUUCAAUGCCAUCUGUGCUCUAAGCAAACGAAGGCUCCCAAAUUCCAUGGACCACUUUUGAAACGAGAAAUGGAUGAUCCAGACUCAAGAUUUAACUUUUGCUCUGACUGUAUUUUGGAGCACCAUAAGGGUCAUGAUGAAUAUGUCAAGUGGCCAUGUGAUGGAAUGAAUCAAAGAGAUAAGAUUCUGGAAACAGCUGCUGGAAUAAUGGAGACCCUGUUGAGAGGGAAACUUGAAAUCGAGGAGAACAACAUAAAGUGUCGAUUGAGAUAUAAACGAAUGAUGUUGACAAGUAGUGAGCUGAUGAAACUCGCAAAGGAUCCAGCGGCACAUCUUGAGGAUGUUCAUAACAAUUUUUUUCAGGAAGGAACCUUCGAAAAAACUUUAUCUAGUCUGGAAAUUCAGUACGAACAAAUCCAACAAUUGAAGGCUGAAUGUCAAUGUGUGUCCCUUUGGAAUCAAGUCGUCGAAUUGAACAUUUUCGAAUCAAAAGGAAGGUCUCCACAUUUUCAUUCAAUGGCUGACAAAGCACAUUUGGAGCAGAGAAUUGAUGUUUGUCCUCAUGAUUUGAAAUCCAGUGCACCCGAGAAACGAUCUUUGAUGAAUCUCAUUGAUAGAGGAGAGAAAUUAACCACCCCUUUCCAAAUGGAAAUUCGUCGAGAAGUCAGACGAAGUCGUUUGCGAUACGUUUACUAUUUUCCCACCAACGAAACCGAAAUUCAGAAAAUCAAUCCUGAAUGCUCCAAAGUUGCAUUUUUGAGAGAAUGGCGUAAGAAAAUGCAUGAGGAAGCCAAGAAAUGGUAUUUAGAGAAUGGUCCCGGCUGUCUUCAAUACUUCAAAGAAGAUGGCACAGUGGAGUUCAAGGAUCUUAAGACGGGAGAAGUUUUCUCGCUGAGUUGGUUGCCUUCACCGAAUCCAGCUACCCUUUUUGACAUAGAAACUUUUCUUGACAAUUUUAAAUCCUGA